AUGAGGAAAGUAAGUCUCCCAGAUCGACCUGUUGUUGUGCCUGAAGGGAGCUAUAUGAAGGUGCAUUUGGCAAGAAAGUUAGAGGCCGGCACCAAAUUGGUCUGGCAUGGGUAUGGAGAUAGAUUUGAGCUGGGAUCGCUCGGAACACUUCAGACUACAUCUGGUAUAUGUCUUGGGUAUCUUGAUGGCGAAGUCAUUAUUCAGCCAACAUGUUCCACCCCUGGUCUCCAUGGUCAUUUCCAAAUCGCGGCAUUAAAUUUCGGCAUUGACGGGCCCAUAGCACAGAUACGAUUCAAUGCCAAAAUAAUGGAUGACUACUACCCGAUAAUCGUGAAAGAUGAUCUGCUUGUCUUGGGUGAAAAGGGCGCCGAAGGAACUCAAUUUGAGAUCAUAUCCUCCUAA